AUGCAUCCAGACUUGUAUGAAGCCUCUAUCUUUGAGUUGCAGGAUGGACUGACGGCGGGUGCAUUCACGUCCCUUGAUCUCUGCAAAGCUUAUCUCGCGCGGAUCGAGGAAGUCAAUUACCAAGGCGCUGCUCUUCAUGCAGUGAUCGAGACCAACCCAUCUGUACUUGAGCAAGCAUCCGCCCUUGAUGAGGAGCGCCGCAGUAAAGUUCCACGUGGGCCAUUGCACGGUAUACCGUUGCUUCUGAAGGAUAAUAUCGCGACAGUUUACGAAGAGGGGAUGAAUACAACCGCAGGUUCAUAUGCUCUUCUCGGCUCUGUUGUACCUCGGGAUGCACAUAUUGUCACUCUCCUUCGCGCAGCUGGCGCUAUCUUUCUAGGGAAGACGAAUAUGUGUGAGUGGGCACACUACCGCGGCUCCAUGCCGUGGGGGUGGUCUGCUCGGGGUGGACAAUCGAUUUGUCCAUAUCAUCCCAAGGGUGAUCCUUCGGGUUCAAGUUCGGGCAGUGCUUCUGCUAUCGCUGUGGGACUCGCUGCCGGAGCUUCAGGGACUGAGACCAACGGAUCAAUCAUAUGUCCAAGCAGCAGGAACAACAUUGUUGGCGUAAAGCCCACAGUAGGGCUUGUCUCGCGGGCGGGAGUCAUCCCGUUGUCGUCUACGCAAGACACACCUGGUCCGAUGUGCCGCAGCGUGACCGACGCCGCUAUUCUCCUCUCGACCAUCAGCGGUCCCGAUCCUCGCGACAAACGGACGCUUGCUCAGCCUGAAUCUGAAAGUCGGCCAGAUUAUCUAGCUGUCUUACGUACGGACGCGCUGAAAGGGGCAAGACUUGGUGUACCUCGCGAGCUAUUCGACACCGAAAAAUCAGAGAUGUACGAGUACUUUGAGGAAACCCUUGACGUGCUCCGCAAAUUAGGCGCAGAAGUCGUUGAUAACACCGAGUUAGCUUCGACAGAGGAGAUGAAGACAUCGCAAGCGGAGAGUAUUGUUUUUCGAAUGGACUUCAGAGCAGAUAUCAACGAGUACCUCGGCGAGCUGAUCCACACUCCAUCUGACGUGAGGACAUUGUCAGACUUGAUCGCGUAUAACAUAGAGCACGCAGACGUAGAGCUCAUUGCCCCACAUUAUGCAAACCAGGACAAAUUCAUUGCAUCAGAGACAAGCCGCAAAGAUAACAGUUAUUAUACUGCGCUCACCGAAAGUCUCCGCUUGGGGAGAGCACAGGGCAUCGAUGAUGCUUUGCAGAAGUUCCACCUGGACGCCCUGGUUUUACCCACGGAAGCAAAUGUCUCUACGCCUGCUGGCAUGGCCGGCUACCCUGUUAUUUCCGUACCUCUUGGUUUUAUGCCCGACAACGUCCAUGCAAUGCCAGAGUCUCCCGAGCCACUGUACGAGGAUGGUCCGGGCUUUCCUUUUGGGCUGGCCUUUGUGGGAACAGCGUACAGCGAGUCCAAGCUCCUAGGCUACGCUUUUGCGUUUGAGCAGGCGACAAAGGCACGUCUGAGGAAACUAGCGCUUGCUACUGCCAUACCCAAGACACAAUUGCGUCAUGUUUUAUGUUGAUGGCUGUGAGUAUAAACAAGGCGAAGCUGUUAGAUACUUGGAGCAAUGUUUGUAUACACUCGAAAUUG